AUGCCCUCACACAGGUUUGGUUUCAGUCUAGCUCAAGUCACACCUUCUGACAUGACACAAAGUAUUGUGUUAAUAUGUGCCGUCCUGACCAAUGCGUUGGUUCUCAUAUGUGUGGUGGCUGCUCACAUGUCGCAGAUGGGCAUGUCUGCGAUGGGUAUGGGUGGAACGAGCUUCAUUGACGCCAUCAUUCCUUUUGAGGGGGUGGAGCUGCAGCAGGUGCGUGAGCUUGACAUGCAGUAUGGACAGAUGAGAGCACCAGGAGUAUAUGGAGGUGUGGCCUUCUGCCUCACUUUUGGUGCACUUUCACUACUAUUUGUAGUGUCCAGCACCAAACCCCCCCACAUGCUUCCAAGGAAGCUGCUGAUUGGACAGUUUGCAUUCCAGAUCAUUGGUGCAGUGGGUUACGUGGUUGCGGUAGGUUUGUACCUGCACUUCGUGAUCUCAGUGAACUCAACUGAUGUGUGCGUCCGGCGUGAACGACUGUAUGCUCGUAACGGAUAUACCUGGAUGAACUGUAGCGUAGGUGGGGGGGAUGCAGCUGUCGCACUGUUUGGAAUCAUAACUGCAAUUCUGUAUGCUGUUGGGACCUUUUUAACGGGACAAACACUCCAGGAUGUCAGUCGUUACUUUAAGGAGCGUGACCGCUAUGAAGCUGAACGCAGAGAACAACUUAGAGGUCCUCUGAAAACACCUCUUGAUCCUGACACUUAUGUCUGAGUUGUGCAGCAAAAAUAUGGACCGUAACCCUCUUGAAUGGAUGUAUAUAAACUGGCUUUAAUUUUUGUUUUUUCUUUACUUUUUUAAAACAUUUUUGACUGUGAGAAACCUGUUUUUA